AUGACGCCCAGUCCUCCAGAUGAGGCAAUACACUUUCGUGGGAAGACCCUGACGCCUGAGAGCCCCCGUCCUCUUCACAUCCCCGAACCGUCAAAUAUCCCUGUCCUAGAAAACCAGAUGGAUCCCGUGUUCAACGAUACUUCGACCUAUGAGAAACUUACUAGCAAGCAAGAGGAAGAAGGACUGCCCCAUCGCGCAGCCCAGGAUGGUGGAAUGUACGAGAACGCAAAUGAUAUUUAUAGCAGAAAUGGAGAAGGCAAUGCCGCAGUCCAUGAGCAAGAACCCACCCAUGUUUCCUCUGCCAUAGAGUAUCAGCAGAAGCCCCCGGAAUCCACUGCUUUUGCCGAGCUGAAUACUCCUCCCAACCCCCCUAUGGAAACACUUCCAAAUGGAGUCCCUAAAAGCCCCAACGCCCCAUCCAAUCAGCAAAUACUAUUUGGCGGUAGUAUGAACGUUGCUAGCAACAGUAGCAACAAUGUAACAGCCGAAACAGGUAUUGACUUCCAAAGUCUGCUUGACAAUAUCACUACAUCGGCUUCUACCGCUCCGUCUGGCCCUACUUUCACUGCCACUACAUCUUCUCCUUCGAAUAACCCCCUCAGCCAAGAACAGCAACCGACGUCAAGUCCUUCGAUGCUAGCUUCAGCAGACCUUCCACCACGACCUCCACCGCAAGAGUUGCCUGCUUUUAAUUUCGGUUAUUCCCCGACAAAUGAUUUGCACGAUUAUCACCAACCCCUUAAUCAGACUGGCAACCAAGUGGGGUCUCCAUACGCAACGCAUCAGCAGGGCGGCCAUCUUAACCCUUCUGCAGCAGCUCCGGGUUUGCCUCUAGGAAGCUCUUCGGGGGUAAAUGGACUACCACCUCCUCCUGUUGCAACAUUCCAACAGCAAAAUCCUACAACAUCAUCUGAAGCUACGUCUGGCCACAAAUCUGCGAGAGCCGAGAGACAAAGUGGGCGCCCUAGCAAUUAUACAGAUGACGAGGCACCCUGGCCGCCGGAUAUACAACGGAAAUACGACGAAUUCCUUCGAGACGAACGAGUGUACGUUACUGAAGGCUUAUGGGAUCGUUUCCCUCCUGGAUCAAGACUGUUUGUUGGGAACCUCCCAACCGAGCGUGUGACGAAACGCGACCUGUUCCACCUGUUUCACAAAUAUGGAAAACUUGCGCAGAUAUCUAUUAAGCAAGCUUAUGGUUUCAUCCAGUUCCUUGAUUCCAGCUCUUGUCACCAAGCUUUGCAAGUAGAGCAAGGAGGUCUUGUGCGGGGGCGGAGCAUUCAUCUUGAGAUAUCAAAGCCUCAGAAAAACACGCGGGCAGGGCCAAGUCAACCCGAGCCAGCCCGCGUACCAGUUUCUAGACGUUCCAAGUCGCCGGAUUUCUCUCGUACCGGAACUUCAAAUAGCCGUGCAACUCGAAACCAGGGUGGAGAUCGUCACGAGCGCACUUACGACGCUAAACGUGUACCAUUUAGUGAUUUUAGGGACGAUCAUGGUUCUCGACGCCGCGAUGACUACCGGCCACCACCAAGAUCGCCAUCCCCUCGUCCUUUUCGCAGUCGGGAAGGGGGAUACCGUUCAAGAGACCGAACGCCAGAUCGAUUCGACCGACGUGACCGACGUAGGUCACGAUCUCCUUAUGGUAGAGAGCGACGCUUUCGGAGUCCUAGCCCGCGGGCUCGGCCGGGAUAUGAUGAGAAUGACCUUGGUUUUCUACGCCGUGCACCAAGAGAGGUUCCAGAUCUGCAGAUAUUGGCUUUUGAUGACGUUGACAAGAAAUUUGUCUUUCAUGUGGAAAGCUCGUUCAGUAACCGAGGGUUUCGAGUUGAUGUUUCGGUGGAACCGCCGGCAUAUAUGGAUACCGCUAUCCAAAGACAGGUGAACGAGGGAGUUCCGUUCGUUGUAAAGCUUUCGAGAGGCCAGCAAUAUUCGGGAAAAGUCACAUUGAUUAUGCUUGAUUUUAAUACCGGAGCUAGCAAGCUUCGCCCAAGUGAAUACCCAGACCUUGACUUGCAUGUUGCUGUGGAGAUGGCCACACAAGCCCAAAGUCGACGACGAGCUGCCGCUGCACCGAACCUUUACCAGUCGAACGUGCCGUAUUCGGCGCCCUCCAUGAUGCCUCGGUUCCCCCAAACCCUGCCACCAGCCCAGGCAGUUAAUCCGCCCCUUUCGAACCCUAAUCAAAUUGCGAAUCUCAUUUCGACUUUGGAUGGGCCAUCACUACAAUCCCUCUUGGGGGUCCUCCAGCAAACACAGCCUGGCCCGCAACCGAUUCAGCAACCGAUGCAGAUCACGCCCAAUGCUGUCAACCCUGUCGACCUGGCGAGUCUUUUGAACAGCGCUACCCAGCAGAAUACAGUACCAACAAUUCCGAACGCAGGACUCCAACAGCCUCAGCUAACUCCUGGAUUCGGCGUGCCCGUCCCUCCGCAGUCCCUCAAUCGUCCGGACCCCAACCUGCUUGCACUUUUAGCGAAAGGGUUGGGCGGUGGGAAUCCCUCGCAGUCUCAAAUGCCGGUGGGCUCUCAGGUCCAAAAUAUUGUCAACCAGCUGUCCAAAUGGAAGCAGUAG